UAUAUAUUCCUAAGAAGGAUGGCAGGUGUGUGUGGGGGGGAAGCCUUCUUUCAGGCUCCAUACCUCAUGCCUGGUUGCUUUUCUUAAGUGCAAUCAUCUAUAAUUGAGGUGGGGGAAGCCAUACGUGGACAUGUGUAUGGGAGAAGGUACAUCUUGAAGCAGGGGGUUUAGUUACAAUCGAUCGGGGGGGGGGGGAGGAGGAAUAUUGCUUCUGGUUCAAAAAUAAGGAGCAGCUAUGUCCUUCUCUCAGUUUGGAUAUCCCUACAGCACCACUUCGCAGUUUUUUGUGUCUGCCAGCCCCAGUACGACUUGUUGUGAAACUGCCUCCAGAUCCGUGUCGGAUGUUUGCUCUGGAUCUGCCCAGGCGGCUACGAUUUGCUGUCCCUCGUACGAAAACAGGCUGCUGGCCAGCACCCGGACCGAACUCAAUGCAGCUCUGGGGAUGUGCAGCUCUCCCUAUUCAGCAGCCGCAGCGAGCCAGGGUUAUGCCAACUACCUUCCUUACAGCACAGACCCAUCUACUCUUUACACCACACUGAACCCACAGUAUGAAAUUAAGGAUGGCACGAGCAGUUUGCACUCGGGAAUCGCACAGCCUGCUGCCUUCUACCCCUACGAUCAUUCCUUAGGGCAGUACCAGUACGACAGGUAUGGGACAGUGGAUUUGAGUGGCUCAGCCAGGCGCAAAAAUGCAACUCGAGAGACAACCAGCACCCUUAAGACCUGGCUGUACGAACACAGAAAAAACCCUUAUCCCACCAAAGGGGAGAAAAUCAUGCUGGCCAUCAUCACCAAAAUGACUCUCACUCAAGUGUCCACUUGGUUUGCUAACGCCAGACGAAGGCUCAAGAAGGAAAACAAAAUGACCUGGUCUCCCAAGAACAAAACAGGGGAAGAGAGAAAAGAUGAAAACAAAAGGGAGGAAGAGGAGCAUGGCACCGAAAAUGAAGGCAAAGCAGGUCAGAAAAGCUUCAAGGAAGAAAAGAAAUUGAGACUAAGACCCCUGGACGAUUUAGACGAGGAUGAACAAGACAAGAUAGAAAACGUCCGAAAGACUGCACCGAAAGUCAGCAGUGCUUUGGCGGAGUCUGAAAAGAGAGACUGCACCAGCGUGACCCCACCUAGCCAUUUUCACACUCUCCCCUGUAGCAAAACCAUGCCGGUGGCAGGAGGAGACUUCUUAGAGACCGUGGGGCAAAAGGCAGCCAACGCGGUGGGCACCAUUAGUCAAGGGCAGCAAUACGAAACCCCAGACAAGCCCCGAAUCUGGUCGUUAGCUCACACAGCCGGGGCCCACGUUGUGGUUGCCCCCCCGCACACCGAGCCAAGGACCGUGAGCCCUGACUGUUUGCUGGGCAGGGGGAGGCGCUCUGGGUCGGGACGCUGCCCUGAGGCCAGCCCCCUGGCCAGUCUCAGAGCCCAGCCCAUUGCGGACAGUGCGCUCGAAGAACUACCCCAGGCCACCAAGAUUUGUAGAAACUCCACUUUCAAUCUGCAGUCUAUCCAACUAAGCUGUGCUCCCUAUCCUGUCCUGGGGGAGACGUGCCAGUAUUCUUCAGGAGCUGAAGGGUUUGGGAGAAAUGUGAAACCCAGCCAAGGAGCCAUAGAUCUCAGUGAAGGUUGUGUAGUGCAGCAUAAAGAUAAACUGAGAACAGCUUUUAGGCCAGUGCUGAAGAGGUGAGGGAAAUUUCUCCCAGGACCCACAACUAUUCUACAGGUUAGCCCAGCACUUAUGUGAGCAUCCCAAAGAUGGGUCUGAGCAUCAAGGCUCUUGGCUUGAAAACUCCUCCGCCAGCCAUGAGGAUCCCUACGCCUUGAAAGCAUUAAAUCUGACUCUGGCUUCCCUCCUUCUUGUAUGGAGGAGCGGUCAUAACAUAUGCACAACUUGCUUUUAAAAAAUGGAUGAGACUAAAACCCCCCUCGGAAAGAGAGCAGGGGAACUUGAAUAAAUUAUAGACUUUGUCUCAUGCACUGGAUCAUUGUAGUUUCGCACAAGUUUACAAGACAAUACUCCAUCCUCGCCACCCCACCGCUAUCACUCCGAGUUUGAACAGACCCGCCUCAAGAACCGUCGUGUUCAAUGUACAACUUUGUAAUUUGUAAAAUACCAGUGAUUAGCGUGUUUACCAAAAGGCCAGUCUUAAUUUUAUCCCACCUUGUCCUUUAAAAAAAAAACCCAAAAAACAAAAACCUACUUUCAUUCCUCCCCUUUCUUUCUCUGGUAAAGUAUGUUUGUAAAUCAUAUUGUCUGUGUGGUUCUGAAGAGACAAAAGAGAGUGGGUAUUGUUUAAGGACAUUCGACGGGCUGUUUAGUUUCUGUCAUUGUAUAAAGAUCUCGCUGAACGUAUUUUUAAGAGUCUCUAAUUAAAACGAAUCAGCUGAAUCCUGUAAAGCCGUCUUGCAAACUUGAGUAACUUAUGUCUGAACUACUCAAAGGUCUGACCAAUAGGACAAGCGAAAGCUUUCUCUCUCCCUCCUCCCGACCCAACGAUGCUGGCUUUCCCCUGUUUUUAAACUAUCCACCCCUCCUCCCAGACGUGCAUGCUGGGGAGGCGGGAGGGAAAAAAA